AAUAUUGGAAUAGAGAUUCUGAUUUAUGGGGCGAUGUACAAAGUUGGAAUGUAUUUUAUAUAAAGAACGUGGCUGACUGCACACCGCAGAGUUCCCAUUCAGCACUUUCAAGCGAGCUUGAUAUACUUUUAAAAAAUCUUCCAAGCAAUAGUAAAAAAUACGUGAGGGCAAAAUUCUAUCCAAUUUCUGCGGUUUUCUGGAUGGGAGGAGAAGUGUUAUGA